GAUAUGACGGAAUACGAUGAUCGCAGCUGUGCGUCAAAUAUGUAUUUACCGAGCUGUACUUAUUACGUUUCGACGCCCGAUUUUACAUCAGUCUCCUCCUUUUUACCGCAGACUACUUCGUGUCAGAUUAAUUUCCCCUAUUCUCCCAACAUAGCCCAAGUCCAACCUGUCCGAGAAGUCGCUUUCAGGGAUUAUGGACUGGACCAUCCCAGCAAAUGGCACUACAGGGGCAAUUACGCGUCUUACUACUCAACGGACGACAUAAUGCAUCGGGACUUGAUCCAGUCCUCCAGCAGCAGGGCGGAUGUGAUAUUCAAAAACGAGUCAUUGUACGGCCACCACGGGGGGACGAGCUCGCCGUGCAAUUUCUUCACCGGUGUCGGCCGAAAUGGGGUUCUCCCACAGGGCUUUGACCAGUUUUUGGACAAUCCUAACUCGGACAAGCCCAACGCGGAGCUCCCCAAACAAAAGACAGACUCUGCUACUCCCGGAGAUGCUGCGAAUAACAAUCAGGCUUUAACCAAACUAGAGCAGCACAAAGCUGACCCGAGCGGGAGCGCCGACGAGGACUCAUCCUCCAACUGCGGCGACAACAACAAGCAACAGAGUUCAUCAACCAAGUCCAGGAAGAAGAGGUGUCCUUACACCAAAUACCAGAUCCGAGAACUUGAACGAGAGUUUUUCUUCAACGUGUACAUUAACAAAGAAAAGCGACUUCAGCUGUCCAGGAUGUUAAACCUGUCCGAUCGGCAGGUGAAGAUUUGGUUUCAGAACAGAAGAAUGAAAGAGAAAAAGCUGAACCGUGACCGCCUUCAGUAUUUUACUGGGAAUCCUUUAUUCUGAUACCUGACAUUACACACAC